CGGACCAUUACAAACUGUUGCACAGCUACUACACAUGCUGUAGUGUUUUGGAUGUUUCCAGAUUGUACCGUGCGUAUGUGAGGCGAACUGUUGAAAGUGGCCAGGUUUCAGGUAAAUCAAAAGGAAAAGCUCAAGUCGUUCACGUACUAUGGAGAAGACUGAUGGUGAAGAUUUGACCAAAGGAUCGGCCGAGGAAGCAAAAGGGCGAGAUACAACUGUAAAGGGCGAAGCUUCUUUAAAACCUGAAUUCAUCACAACCAAAGACAAAUUCCAUGAGUUUUUAGACUCACAGUGGCUGAGUCAAAAUGGUUGUAAGACAUCAGUGGAGUCAACUAAUGAGGGUGAAGAAGAGGAACCUAAACCUAAAAAGCUCAAACCAGACCCAGAGGAGAACAGGAAGCAUGACAAAAAAUACAGGGGCCAGAAUAAGUCGAGACCACACACAAAGCCAACAACCUAUGAAGAGAAACGACUUUGCCUCUCAGUUCUGCAGGACAAUAAGGAAUGCCGUUUUGGUACCAAAUGCUUCUAUUACCAUGACAUUGGAGAGUAUCUUGCUGUAAAGCCCGCUGACAUUGGCGAUAGUUGCUAUAUAUAUGAGACAUUUGGAAAGUGUCCAUAUAGUCUAACGUGCCGCUUUGCGAAAACACACACUACACCAGAUUUUAAAAACAUGGAGAUAGCUGAUCUAGUCAAAGCCAAUGAAGGACGGACUGUGGUAAAGAACACCCUCGACAAAGAUCUGCAGUUUCAACUGAAAAAGAGACAAGUCAAGUUUGAGAAGUCCACCGAGUUCCUGAAAACGCUCAACGACAACAAAAAUGUUGAUGCUACAGAAGACUCACUCGGAGUGGCAAAUGUGGCUGAGGAAGAUGAGGUGAUACCAGAAAAGGCCGCUCCAGUAAAAACAGUCGGCCCACUGACAGACACAGAUGUUGUCAAACUUCGUGCGUGUGAAAAGAAACAGGUGGAUUUUGCAGACAAGCUCUACCUUGCCCCUCUCACAACGUGUGGAAAUCUGCCCUUCCGUCGUGUUUGCAAGCGUUUUGGAGCAGACAUCACAUGCGGGGAAAUGGCAAUGUGCACAAACCUGCUGCAGGGUCAGCAGUCAGAGUGGGCUUUGCUCAAGAGACAUGAAAGCGAAGAUCUAUUUGGAGUUCAGGUGGAAGGCUGCUUCCCUGACACCAUGACAAAGUGUGCAGAGCUCAUUAACAACAACAUUGAGGUGGACUUUGUGGACAUCAACUCAGGAUGCCCCAUUGACCUGGUCUACAAGAAGGGCGGUGGCUGUGGUUUGAUGACACGUACAAAAAAGUUUGCACAGAUCAUCAAAGGAAUGAACUACGUCUUGGAUGUCCCUCUUACAGUGAAGAUCCGCACUGGUGUUCAGGAGAAGACCAAUAUUGCACACAAACUCAUACCAGAGAUGAAGAAGUGGGGUGUCUCCAUGAUUACAUUGCAUGGUCGCUCCAGGGAGCAGCGCUACACUAAGUUAGCUGACUGGGAUUACAUCUCCACCUGCUCCAAGCUGGCUAGUCCUGUCCCACUUUUUGGUAAUGGAGACAUUCUGUCCUAUGAAGAUGCCAUGAGGGCAAAAGAAACUGGAGUUUCUGGAAUCAUGAUUGCAAGGGGAGCUCUGAUCAAGCCGUGGAUCUUCACCGAGAUAAAGGAGAGCAGACACUGGGAUAUCUCGUCGGCCGAACGGCUGGACAUUCUGAGGGACUUCUCCAACUUCGGCCUGGAGCACUGGGGCUCUGACACCCGGGGAGUGGAAAAGACUCGUACCUUCUUAUUGGAGUGGCUGUCCUUCAUGUGCAGAUAUAUCCCGGUGGGGCUGCUGGAGCGUGUUCCUCUGAAGAUCAACGAGAGGCCACCAUACUACAUGGGCAGGGACUACCUGGAGACGCUGAUGGCCAGUCAAAACGUUGGCGACUGGGUUCGAAUCAGUGAGAUGCUGCUGGGACCUGUUCCAAACAACUUUAACUUCCUGCCUAAGCACAAAGCCAAUUCCUACAAGUGACAGGUUUCGUCUCCUUGCACUCAGAGGUCACACAACCCAGCCCAAAUAAAGGAUUUCUGUUCAAUAAAGACCUCCAAUAUGUUUUUGUUUAACUAUUAAGAGGUGCCAUGGAGUCUCAAUAAAUUUUUUAGCAACUAUGUUUGCUUG